AUGUCAGAGGAAAGAGGAAAGGACUCUCUCUCUCAGAUGAGUCUCUCAGAGAAACACAGUGGAAGAUCAGGCUCACAUGUGUCCAGCUCUGUGUCUCUGAAGAGUGAUCAGUCUAAAGGUUUUCCACCAGACUUCAGUGAGAAAACACCAUCAUCUAAUAAAAGGUUAAAUGAUUGUAACUUAACAGACAAAAGCUGUUCAGCUCUGGCUGCAGUUCUUGGAUCCGAUACCAAUCUGAAAGAGCUGAACAUGAACAAUAAUAAUCUACAGGAUUCAGGAGUGAAGCUGAUCUGCACUGGACUGAAGAAUAUGAAGUGUAAAUUGGAGAUACUGAGACUCUCUAACUGCAGUGUAACAGAAGAAGGUUAUAAAGCUCUGGCUUCAGCUCUGAGAUCAAACCCUUCACACCUGAUAGAGCUGGAUCUCACAGGGAAUGAUCCUGGACAAUCAGGAGUGAAGCAGCUCAAUGAUUUACUACAGGAUCCAGACUGUCAACUGAAGACACUGAGGUUUUUGAGUCCUGCUGCAGAGAAAGCCUGUCGGUAUGUGAAUAGAGUUGUGGGUGAAAACCCGUUUCUCCAGAGAAAGCUGAAUCUGAGUGGACAUAAACUAGGAGACACACGAGUGAAUCAGAUCGCUGCUCUACUGCAGGAUAAACACUGUCAACUCAACACACUGACUCUGAGUGGAUGCAGUAUUACAGAGAAACAGAGUCUCAUCCUGACUUCAGCUCUGAAAUCAAACCCGUCACACCUGAGAGAGCUGAACCUGACCGGGAAUAAUCUAGGAAACACAGGAGUGAAGCACUUAUGUGCCGUACUGAAGGAUCCACACUGUAAACUGGAGAGAUUGAGUCUAUAUCACUGUGGCAUUACAGAUGUUUCUUCUUUAACUCAGUCUUUGACUAACUCAAAAGCACUGCAGUUUUUAAAAGAGCUUGAUCUGAGAGACAAUGAGAUCGGAGACUCACAGCAGCGACUCAGAGACGAGCUACGAGACUCAAACUGUGUCCUGAGGUGA